UCAGGAUGGAUAUGCAGUCAUGUCUUGGCCACUUUAGCUCUACGAGACGGCCUAGACCUUGCAAAGCUGCUGAAAAGACUCCCGGCUCGCAAGCCACCCGGAAGACUGCGGAAAGUGCGCCGUGCACUUGACAGAGACGAUGAGCAUUAUAUCGCAGUGGCACGCCUCGUGCGGAUCCUGACGGAGCAACCGGGGCCGGCAAUGAACUGGAAGUGCUCGAAAGAAUUUCAAGAAACAGUCGACGGCGAGAUGCAGUACUCCAACUACGUGGGCACGGUGUCCUCGUGGGCAAACAGAAAUGGAGUGUUUUUCUGGCGAGUGACAUUCGACAAUGGCGUUGUUGAGCACCUGCUAUCGAAGACUUGGCGAAGGCCGUCAACGCCGCGUAUAUGA